UGGGAAGAAUUCUAUUUUGAUAAACAGCGUAAGAUCGUGUCCUUGUUCACAGCAUCUAACAAAUCUGUGAUGCUCAAAGAUUAGAGUUUUGUCAAAGUCCAAAACGCCACCGUUCCGUGGUGGGCUCUUAAGGAAGGUGGUGUUUGACUUUGAAGCCAAAAAGGAGGAGAAAAAACUAGAUUGUCUUGGGAGGUGAGGGGUCUGGUUUUGAACUUGUGAUAAGGAUUAGCUUUGAUGGUGGGAUAGAAAAAAUUAUUAUUAUUAUUUUUUUUUUGUACGGAUUUUUUAUGGUUUUCAAGGGAUAUUGGCUUUGAUGGAGAUGAGAUUGGGUUCAAGGAUUGGUCUUAUUUAUUGGUUUGAUUGGUUUCUUGAUUUUAGCGAAGUCAAAAUUUGAUUCUUCAGUGUUCUGCUUGUUAAUGGGUUUGACGAUUGUAAAUUUCAUCUGUUUUGUAAGUUAUAUUGGAUUUCGUGAGCCUUCUACUACUUUUCAGCUGAAUAAUAACAAGGAGGUGAACAAGUUUAGAAAAUUUUCAAUUGUCUUUUAGGAUUUCAGGUUUUGAAUUACUGGGAAAAGAGAAACAGGGAAAUGGGCGACGAGGCUAAUUCUUGGAUAAGGAGAACAAAUUUUUCUCACACUGUUUGUCAUAGGUUUGAUUCUUCUAGAUUGGCUUCUAUUAAUUUUACUUUACCAGAAAGGACUUCUGGAUUGAAAUCAAGGCCCGUCACAGCCUCUUCCAAUGACAAAUCAGUUCCCAGUAAUUCACAGAUUCAGAGAAAACCAAUCAAGAAGCAGAGAUCUUUAUCUCCCCAGCCUGAAACAGUUCUCUCUGAUACGUUUAAGGAAGCGAGGUCUAAUACUAAAAGGUUUUCAACUCCACUUCCUGGGAGAAAAAAAUCAGUGAAAGAGAAAGGACUUAAGGGAAAGUUUUCACAUAAACUUUCCCAUAAAGAUUCCAAGCCAUCAUUAAAUUCAUUUAGUACAAGCCCGCUUAAUCACUUGGGUUCUCUGAGAAUCAGUGAUAAAUUCAAGACCAGAAAGGAGUCAGCUUGGACCAAGUAUUUUGAUCACGGUGGAGGCAGGGUUAACGCGGUUGGGGCUGCAGAUGAAUAUGGUGUUGAUCUUGCUCAGCUGUUUCUCGGGCUUAGGUUUGCUCAUGGGGCACAUAGCAGGCUUUACCAUGGGAUAUACAAGGAUGAGCCUGUUGCAGUGAAGAUUAUUAGGAUACCUGAUGAUGACGAAAAUGGAAACAUGGCAGCUCGGUUAGAGAAGCAAUUUAGUCGGGAAGUUACUCUUUUAUCUCGGCUCCGCCAUCGAAAUGUCAUCAAGUUUGUAGCAGCAUGUAGAAAGCCACCGGUAUUUUUUGUCAUCACAGAAUAUCUAUCAGAAGGUUCCUUGAGGGCAUACCUGCACAAGCUUGAGCACAAAUCCCUUCCCUUACAGAAAUUGAUUGCAAUUGCUCUAGAUGUUGCACGGGGAAUGGAAUACAUUCACUCUCAAGGCGUCAUACAUCGAGAUCUUAAGCCAGAAAAUGUCCUUAUUAAUGAAGAAUUCCAUCUGAAAAUUGCUGAUUUUGGCAUAGCUUGUGAAGAGCAGUACUGUGAUGCAUGGGCCGAUGACCCAGGAACUUAUCGUUGGAUGGCACCUGAGAUGAUCAAGCACAAACCGCAUGGGCGAAAGGUUGACGUUUACAGUUUUGGACUUAUCUUGUGGGAAUUGGUGGCCGGAACAAUCCCAUACGAGGAUAUGAAUCCCAUCCAAGCUGCUUUUGCAGUUGUGAAUAAGAACUUGCGACCUGUUAUUCCAAGGGAUUGUCCACCUGCCAUGGGAGCUUUAAUUGAGCAAUGUUGGUCCUCGCAUCCGGAGAAGAGGCCUGAGUUUUGGCACAUUGUGAAAGUAUUGGAGCAAUUUGAAUCUUCACAUGCCCGUGAUGGAACCCUGAAUCUGGUACAAAACCCAGCUUGCCAAGAUCAUAAGAAAAGGCUCCUUCACUGGAUUCAAAAGCUUGGUCCCGUGCAUCCUAAUAGCUCUCCAGUGCCUAAACCUAAAUUCACAUGAAUCUUCCUUAUGACCUUGCUUUUGUUAGUGUCAGCAGGUCAAAUUGUAAUUAAAAGGUUCGUUUCUAAGCCUCUUUAUUUGUACUAUUAUGACACAUUCAUGUGAGAGUGAAUGAAUAGAUAAGUAGGUUUGCAUUCUGUUCAAAAUGUCUUUGAUUUUUAUUUAUACGUACACAGAAAGUGAAUCAUCAAUUAGGUGUCCUGGAAAGAAUAAAUAUUGGGUUUAAAAACAGCAAUUUUUUGAAGGCUGUUUGAAAUGCUGCUUUUGGUAGAUUCCUUUCUUUAAA